AUUCGAAACGUAGUUUAUGGCUUACGAGAGUUAAUGUUUGUUCAGUUUGAACGGCACGGAAACUUUUUUGGUCAGAGCAAAUAUUUGGAAACCAUGCGUGCUGCUAGUUGGUAAUCAAUGCAGAGGAGGGCGCUGCUGCUGCUGCUGCUGCUCAUACUACAGCCACUAAUACCGCCCAUAGCCGCAAUCCCGGCCAGCAACGUGCCAAGCGCUCGCAUCGUGGGCGGCGUGCCAGUGGACAUAAGCAGCGUGCCCUAUUUGGUGAAUCUACGCAACAACGGAGCCUUCAUUUGUGGCGGCAGCCUGAUCUCACCCUCGCAUGUGCUUACGGCCGCCCACUGCGUAAAGGGCGUGUCCGCCGGUCGACUGCAGGUGGUGGCCGGUGCCACGCUGCUCUCGAGCCAAACUGGCAUGCGUAGCGGCGUGGCCAAGGUGUAUGUGCCCAAGGCUUACAACACGCGCACGCUGCACUCAGAUGUGGCCGUGCUCAAGCUGAAGACGCCGCUUCAGGGCAACAACAUUGCCACCAUUCCACUCUGCAAUGUCAGCCUCAAAGCGGGCGAGCUCAUCAGAGUCUCCGGCUGGGGUCAGCUUACAGAAUUCGCCAAGCCCGUCUCCCAGCAUGUGCGCAGCGUGGAGGUAAAUCUCGUGGCGCGCAAGAAUUGCAUUAGUCAGUACAGAAUGCGUGGCACCAUCACCAGCACCAUGUUCUGCGCCGCCGCAUCGGGCGGCAAGGAUGCCUGCGAUGGCGACUCCGGCGGACCGGCUGUCUAUCAGCAACAGCUCUGCGGCAUUGUGUCCUGGGGCGUGGGUUGCGCUCGUCGCAAUUCCCCAGGCGUUUACACAAAUGUCAAAACUGUGCGUAGUUUUAUCGAUAAGGCUUUAGCUUUAUAGUUUAUACACUGGGCGAAAACAAACAAGUAUUUUUAUAACUAAGUCUAUGGACGAACCCAAAGUUAAUAUACUACCAAAUUUUAUAACUUAA